GACGAAAAUGCGAUGAUUUGUGCAAAAAGUCAUAUACGAAAACCUAACAAACAAUAACAAAACACUAAAGAGGAUGAAACUCGGUCCAGAUACUAACUCGUGGUAGCGGCCUAGGGAAACGAUGAUGAGGUACAACUUAGGAUUUCGUCGACAGAAUUUCGAGAUGGGCUGCCAAAUGGUGGGCAAAUGCGAUGAUUUGUGUUCAAGUCCAUAGAUGAAAACCUAGCGAACAAUAACUAAACACAAAUGUGGUGAUUUGUGCAAAAAACCACAGACGAAAACCUAACGAACAAAACAAAACACAAGGGCGAUGAUUUGUGCAAAAAGCCAUAAACGAAAACCUAGCGAACAAUAACUCAACACCAAGGUUGUAGAAUGGAGAAUGGGGUAAAAGAAGGGCUUUAAACUUUCCCACUUGCACUUGGAGGAGUGUGAGAGUCACUAAUGAAUGGUAACUCACAACCUAGGCUUUUAUAAUUUUUGACAAAUUAAUACUUGGUCCAACCUGCAAAGACACACAUGUCGACUGAAGGAAUUAAUUGACGUUCAAGGAAGAAAAAAAAAAAAAAAUCCCCCACUUCUCCCUCUCUGCGAGUGGGUCGUAUCUUUCGCCCUGUGCGUGCUGGCCGAUAACUGUCACCGCCAUCGUGCGGCUGCGGGGGCGGCCUUCUCCUUCAUGGAGCCUUUAAAGGAGCCAUUCUGGGAUCCUCCUCUGCUCUCGUUACCUUCAAUUGAGCCAAUUGGAAAUCUAUUCCACCAAUCCCUUUUGCUUCGGAGCCCUAGUCUGGUAUGCGAUGGCGGUUGUGCGUUUUUCAGAUGCUGAUGUUGCGGUGGGCCUGAACAGAGGGGAGUUGACGCUGCUUGGCCUCACCUUUGGCCCCUUACCUUCGCCGCACUCCUUGAAGCUAACGGCAGCCCGGGUAUGGAAUUGCAAUGGAGAUUUCUCCAUUGCGCCGAUCGAUUGUGGACUGCUCCAAAUUGUUUUCUCUAAGGCGGAGGAUGUGGCUCGCAUCCAGAGAGGAUCUCCGUGGAUUUUCCACAAGUUUGCUUUGUGUUUGACUCGCUGGGCUUCUCCUACUCAAGUGCUAGCGGAGUCCCUUGCGCGUGCUCCUCUUAGACUGCAACUAUGGGGGCUUCCAUUCGACUGCUGCGCUGAACGGUUGGGAUCCAUGCUGGGGACUGCUCUGGGACCGGCGGAGACAGCAGUUCUCCACCAAUCCGAAUCACCAGCGCGCUCUGUCUCAGAGUUCGUGUGACCCUUGAUCUCACUGCCCCGCUACCAGUUGAGGUAACAGCGGCCCAUGAAGAUGCCGCCAAAGGGGAUUACAAGGCUCAAAUCAAGUAUGAGCGCCUACCCCAAUUUUGUUUUCUCUGCGGUGUUAUUGGCCAUAUUGGUCAGUUCUGCCCUUGGAAAGCAAAACUUGCUGGUUCUCCUCCCCGCUAUGGUGAGCAUACGGUGUCCCGCGAAGUCGGAUCAAAGGUGGAUGAACUUACCUUAAGUCGGAAGAGGAAACAGUUCACCUGGAUAAGAUCGAAGGAGAAGACCUUUGAAGCUGGUGCGUUAGUGGUCGAUCACUGUAUGUAGGGACUCUCCAUUGAUACACUGCUUGGAGACAGAAGCUCCUCUGUCAAUGAUCUUGUUGGCUCGGCCAAAAGAGAUGGUCGAGAAGGGGGCCUGGAGGAAGGGGAAAUCAUUCUGUCUGAUGAACGGCCUCAAAGCGAGCCAGAGCGGCAACUGAUACUCUUGCUGCUAACACAUCAACUGCUGGAAGGGUGGAGGCAACCAGCCCAAACUGGUCCCAGGAGGCCAAAUGAGCAUUCUUGCAUGGAACUGUCGGGGUCUUGGCUCAAACCUGACAGUUCCCACCCUCCGGGAGGUCACUCGGCGUCACUCUCCAUCCCUCCUAUUUCUCAGUGAGACUCGACGUCCGGAUGCCUUUAUGGAGGAGCAAUUUCGUAGCCUUGGCUUCUCUAAAGUUCGUGUUCAUAGCUCUAGUAAUAGUGGAAGGGGUUUGGCAGUUGCUUGGUCUCCCCCAGUGUCAUGUACAGUGUGAUUUCCAUCUGCAUAUUUCCUUUUUCGUAGAAUGUUUGCACCCUUCAUUAAGAAGGUUUGUCAUAGUAUUUGUCCAUUUAAGUUGUGAUGUAGGGGAUCGCCAAGUUCAGUUUAAUGAAAUAGCUAGCUUUGU